CAAGUCGGCUUUCGCGAUCGGACGUGCAACAACAAUAAAAAAUGUAUUUAUUCCCCAUACUUAUAUGUAUGAGCGCACUGCUUUAUCGAGACGUUUUUCCCGAAUCAGUGGGACCAAUAGGAACAUUUAUACAAACGAAUUUUAUUGGUUUUCCCGUCAUCCACGAAUCGCAACCAUGGAUUUUCGACCCGGACGUGGCUUCGAGACGUCGAAAAGAAUUUAGAGAAUUAAACGGUGACAAAGCUGAAAAACUAAUUGAAAGGUUAGGUCUAGGUAUAGAUGGUUAUGGCGAGCAAAGACUAAAAAUGCAGAGGCAGAGAGAUGAAGGGCACCUCGGAGGAUUGAAUUCUCUACGCCCUUAGGGAUUCAG